GAGGAGUGGAGUCAGGAAUUCUGUAGCCGCAGACAUGGGGAAACUGCUGAAAACAACCCUCAUCGUGGCCAUCCUGGCUUUUUUGGGGGAAAGAAUAAUACAUUUCACCCACCGAUUCACCUACUUCAGAGAGGUAGAACCUGUAGACCUUCCUAACUGCCAGUACUUGAAAGGAGUAGAGUUUGGGUCUGAAGAUAUAGAUAUUCUCCCUAAUGGACUGGCCUUUAUCAGCUCAGGUCUGAAAAAUACUGGUGCAGUCAGCUUUGCCCCUGACAAACCUGGAGAAAUAUUUCUCUUAGAUCUGAAUGAUGGAAACCUUCAACCAUUUCCACUGCCUAUCAGAGGAAGGUUUGAUGCUUCUUCAUUUAACCCUCAUGGAAUCUGCACGUACAUUGAUGAGAAGGAUGACACGGUCUAUCUUUUUGUGGUGAAUCAUCCUAAUUACCAAACCACCGUUGAGAUAUUUAAAUUUGCUGAGGAGGAAAAUGUUCUUGUGCACCUGAAAACAAUUAAACACGCGCUCCUGCACAGUGUCAAUGAUAUUGCCGCCGUCGGACCCGAGAGCUUUUAUGCCACUAACGAUUUUUACUUCACAAAUUUCUACUUGAAACUCAUAGAACUGCUCUUCGGAUUACAGUGGUCAAGCGUGUCAUAUUACAGUCCCGGCAAUGUCAAACGAGUGGCAUCAGGAUUUUACAGUACCAAUGGAAUUGCCAUGUCCGCCGAUAAAAAGUACGUCUAUGUUGCUGAUCUCACCGGUCAUACAGUUAGUGUUUUCCAAAAAGAUGCGGACUGGUCUCUCUCUCCAGUAAAGGUGGUGGAGCUAGAGACAGCUUUGGAUAACCUGUCGGUGGAUCCAGUUACGGGGGAUAUUUGGAUUGGAGCAAUCCCAAAUGGAAUGAAAGCGUUAGUUUAUAAUCCUGAGGAUGUGCCUGGAUCAGAGGUUAUCCGCAUACAGAACAUUCACUCUGAUAACCCUAUAGUGACCACAGUGUAUGCCAACAAUGGCUCCGUGCUCCAGUUAUCAACAAGUGCGUCUGUGUACGAGGGGAAAUUACUCAUAGGUACAAUAUUCCACAAAGCCCUGUACUGUGAGCUGGAUUGAUGUCACAUGGUGACUGACAAUAGAACCAAACGAAUUCUCUGUACUUUUUCCGUUAGUGGCUGAUAGGUGCAUUUAGCAUAAACCUUUAUAACAUUACUUCAAUGAAAACUAACAGAAUAGUUUUGGGUGGGGAGGAAGUGCGCGUUUCCCGGUUGCGGUAACGCUCAGGCGCCACACUCUGGGAUUACCAUUCUACCUGUUUCAUUUUAACUCUGUCAACUCGAAUAACUAAAUUUUAUGUUUCUGCAAAAUGAUUCAAUAACCUAUUACAGUUUCAGCAAACAGGAGAUCAUGAUACACUAUCAUACCUCCCAACAUGACCCUCUCCAGGAGGGACAGAACGCUCUGCUCCUGGACUUCCCUCUUAAUGUACGAUUGCCAUCACCUGUGCUGAAACACCUUUCUUAUCCAUACACCUGUUCAAAACAGGUGCCAGCAAUCAUACAUUAAGAGAAAAGUCCAGAAGCCGAGCAUUGUGUCCCUCCUGGAGAGGGUCAUGUUGGGAGGUAUGCACUAUGAGGCCUUCAUACAAAAUACAAAUACAUUUCACAGCCAACGCAUGGGACAGGGGUUCCCAAACUCAGCCCUUAACAGUCCAGGUUUUAAGGAUAUCCAUGUUUAAGCACAGGUGACUUAAUUAGUACCUCACUCAAUUUGAUUUACCCGUCUGUGCUCAACCAUGGAUAUCCUUAAAACCCGAACUGUAAGGGUGCCUGGAGGACGGAGUUUCAGAACCUUUGGCAUAGGAAGUCACUGAUGCACAGAAUUGUGUUGAAUAGAGAUGCCACGAGCGUCAAAGUUUUGCAGAUUCUCCAGUGACUCAAAAUAUCCCCCCUUCCACUCAUAUACUUACCACAAUGUUCAUUUUGUGAGCAUCAGCGCUGACAACAACAACAAAACCUGGAGAAACAAAACUCCACAUUGUUUUUAGUAUACUUGUUUGUGGCAAAAACUUUCCUUUUUUCAUUUUAAAAUUGUUUGCACUGAAAUGUCAGUUAAUAACUAGUAUGUUUUAUACAUUAUUUUGUCAAGUUGUUUAAACUGGGUAAUAUAUAAAUCACUGGGAGAUGUGUAGUCUUUUUUGUGCAAUUUUGUAUGCUCCUGUAUUGUUGUUUUUUUUUGUUGUUUUUUGUUUUGGCCCAUUUCCAGAACAGGGACCUAUAAUUGUAAGGACUUAUAAGGAUUAACAAAUGUGUUUGGUAAUAAAUCCGUCUGUAAUAUAA